GACCACAUGUCUGGUAAGAGGAGGAUGUGGGGAUUAGAGACGGAGGUAUAAAAGCGCAUCGCAGACGACAUUCUGCACAAACUCAACAAGGAGACAGAAGCAGCUCUGAGAAGAGAUCUUCAGUGGCCUCUUGGGAUACCUGUGACAACAGUCAUCCUCAGCAGAAAUGAACGGCGGCCCCCCUGCAGGAAGCGCCCUGGCCCCUGGUGGAUCCACUGGCCCCACCACACCCAAGAAGGGACCACCCAAGUUCAAGCAGAGGCAGACCCGCACAUUCAAGAGCAAGGCCCCCAAGCCAGGCCAGAAGGGCUUUGGUGACGAUAUCCCCGGCAUGGAGGGUCUUGGCACAGACAUCACAGUGGUGUGCCCAUGGGAGGCCUUCGGCGACAUGGAGCUCAGCGACUUGGCCAAAUACGGCAUCAUCUAAACCUGCUGCCUCCUGCCUUCCUUGCCUGCCUGCACCUCUCCUCCGCCUAAUCCUCUCCGUCCUUACUUCCCCUCACCUCGGCUCGGCACGCCAUGAUAAGGCUGCCGGCGCCCCCGCUAAUGCCCUCUCGUCUAUCUACCUCAGGCUUCUCUCCACUAAGUGGAAGGAAAGCAUAAUGAUGCUGUUAUUUUUAUAUUAUUAUUAUUAUCAUAUGAUAAUGUUAUGUAUAUAUAUACUUGAAAUGAGAAGACGAGAAAAAGAACUCCUCACACCUUUCUCCCUUUUCCCUUCGUCUACCUACAACCGCCCACUCCUGACCUCUCCCCCCUCCUCACUUGGACCUCCCUCUCUCCCUCCUCGACCGCGGCAAUGGACGCAAGCAAAUCACUAGUUAAGACAAGCCUGUGUUUGCUUCUAGCUGUCUAUAAAAAAAAUGUAAAUAUUUUGCUCUCAGUUAUGAACCUUUUUACCUUGUCUUCCGUCCUACCAUUUGUAUUUCCUCCAUUUUUCUUUUCUUUUUGUUUUUUUUUGUUUUCCUUUUUGCAUUGUACUGUCUUGUCCUUGAGCGCAAAGUUACUGUUAACACCAAGGGACGCAAUGUAGUGGUGACAACUGUGAUGCGCUUUCACUUGAUGAUGUAGGAUGAACUCCCUUUUGUCCCAUCUCUCUCUCCUCGCUGCUAUCUGAACCUCCCUAGAGAAAAACAGAGGCAUGUUUAUAUAUAUUUUGUGUUACCACAGAAUGUGUGAACCAGUAUGUCCUGUUAGCUGCAAUAAAAUGUGAUUAUUUUAA